AUGAAGGGCCGCAUAUCUUCAUUGGUUGGGGAGCGCAUUCCUCUAGAAAUCUUGACACAUCGCUCCUUAAAACCGGCCCAGCUAGCAGAGAUUCAAGUGCUGCUCACUUCGAAAUCAGUUGUUAAUCUUGCAUUCGCCUUCUGCCACCUCGUGCACUGGGUCACCUUUGGCCAGACGCGUCCUGAUCGGGCUGAAGGUUCUAGAGCGACUUGGAAAGAGGAUACCUCGUAUGCACCAGCAUUCAAUGAUUCCACAGUAUGUACAAGUAACUCCGCAGCAAUGCCCCCAGCAGGUGGCCUUAGUGGCGUCAGUAAAAAACUAGAAAAGAACCUCAAAUUCGGUUCGGGGCUAUUUCGAGAGCAGAAGGUUCUAGAGAAAGGUCAGUCCAUCCCUAGAAGAGCAAUGCCAGCCGUGUCUGCAAAUCACAGAAUUUCCACCCACAAAAAGGCAUUCUUACAAGGCCCCAAACAGUUCUUGAGGGAUGAACUGCGCCGCCUGAGAAGAGAAUGCUCUACAAGAGAAAAGGAGUUCGGUAGGGGAAUCACCAACAUAGCAAAUGGCAACAACGCAGUGCAGACUGUGCCUGCAAAGGCAGUUCGACGGGGAAUGGAAGGUGAAGAUGACUGUGGAGGCCUGAAAAUUCCACUUGAUUCCUGCACCAGAAGGUUGAAGGCCCUUGCCGUGGCAGAGAAUGCAUACAAGCAGACCACAGAGCACAUCAAAAGCACCUUUGGAAUCUUCGGAGUCUCUCUUGUCUGCCCACUUUUAGUGCUGGCAGUUAAGGAGGCCGCUGCUUGGGCUCUGACAUCGCACUUUCCGCGGCUAUUGGGGCAAAAGGUACUGCAACUUGAGCUUGCAGACCGUAUCAACGCUCUUUUUGCACAGCUCUUCGAUCCCCACGGAUAUUUCUCGAGGUUCCCUACAAUGGACUCGCACCCAGUAACUCAACGGCUGCAAAGAAAACUGGAUAAGUACCUGGCGAAUUGCCCCAAACCGCCAGUAACGGCAUUCGAAUGGUUCCACAUGUUAUGCACUCCUUUGGACCUUACACGCUGCACAAAGCUGCUCGAGCUGCAGGUGCAGCAGCUAAAAGCACAGGUAAUCCAACAGACCACUUUUCUCCAGCUAAGCCGGGGCGGCCAAGCAGUGCCACCCUCGCCGGUGCUGGUAAAAGAAGAUCCUCAGUUCAAACUACUACGCCUCCAAAAGGAGCAUCAGGAGCUUCUUGCCCGCAAGAAUCAGAAAUCAUUUGAACCAGUAAAUAAUUGGAAGCGUCCAGGUAUGGGGGCAGCUGCAGUGCACCGCUUCCACGUCACAGCAGCGCCGGCACAGCCUUGCUUGUCUACGCGGAUAUUGGGUACUGGCGCUCCAGAUGCAAGGACAUCUCGAUGGUGCUACUUCUUGCAAUGCAGGAGCCCUGCAAAGACUGCCCCAGGAGCCCCAGAGGCGCAGCAUUGGUCCACACGCGGAAAAUGGUCACUUGAAGAGCGAAACGAUGAACAAUCGAGUCUUGCCUUAGAUUGUGUACCUCAGGACAAGCCAAGCUCUGCUGUGCGAGAUGGUUGGCAACAUGGAACAUAG